AUGGUGCGGAGCUCGCACUGCUGGAGAGGAGUUUGGAGGAUGAGGAUCCUCCAAAUUAACCUCCAGCACUCAACGGCGGCCUCCGCCGAUCUAGUGCUUCGUCUAGGACGGGACGAAGCCGACGUUGUCCUUAUCCAGGAACCGUGGCUGAGCAGAAACGGUAUCUCUGGUCUAAGGACAAAGAGCCACAAGCUCCUGGCGGCAAACAGUACAGGUAGAACCAGAGCCUGCUUGUUGAUCAGAAACGAACUUACCGUUUUUCUUUUGCUUAAUUUCAGAAACGAGGAUGUCGUCGCUGCUAGACUGGAGGACAGCGCCGAAGAACUCUGGCUUGUUUCAGCCUACAUGCCGCACGACGACGAGGUGGAGCCACCUCCGUACCUGCUUAGAAGAGUUUUGGCAGAGGCCAGGCGCAAAGGGACCGGAGUCUUAAUAGGCUUGGAUGCUAAUUCAAGGCACACCGUCUGGGGGAGCUCGGACAUUAACGCAAGAGGUGAGUCACUUUUUGAUUUUAUUUGUAGUGUAGAUCUUUCUAUAUGUAAUAGGGGGAACAGCCCUACCUUUGUGACUGCUAGCAGGUUUACAAUUUACAUGCUGCUCUAUGCUACUUCUUCUACAAUCAAAAGAAUUAAGUCACAAGAUGACGGUUGGCGUAAUCUUGUAUUCUAUCAUUCUUGA